GAAAGCAUGCAAGAAAAAGGGCAAAAAACCCCAAUCAAACACCAAAACUCAGGUCCUGCAGGCCUGAAAGGCGAGAGUGGUGGGGUUUUUUCCCCCAAAAAACCCAUCCGCGGCAAAACCCGAGCUGGUGGGAGAUGGAGACUUUUCUCAGUGUCCGCUGCUCUUGCCGACGUCCCCCAGCCGCGGGCGGUGGGAUGUCACUCGUUGGGACAGAGCUCCCAUUGUCUGCCGGGUUUUGUGCAGCUCUUUGGCAGGCAGCUUUCUUCUGGCGACCUGAAAAAGUUCAGGGGUUGCUUUUCUUGAGAGAUCCCCGUGGACCUUCCCCCGUUGAAAUGAAUGAAACAGCCGCUGCCUUCAGCUCUUAUCGAAAAAAGUUAUCAGCCAUGCGUAUACCGUUUCUGUGCCGCCCCGUCGCUGGUGAGACAAUAGAGGGCUUGGGUGUAGCCGGGAUUUGUGGCUGUUUUCCUGUGGUUUUAAGGCCAGUGGAAAGUCUCUGCUAUGCCUAAAGCUGCGGUCAUACGUCCCUCUUCAGAGCCGUGUCAGUCCUACCAGAGGAUUUGGGCUCGCUUCUCCUCAUCAUGAGGGUUAAUCUUGGUCUGUUGCCACCGUUGUCAGCCUGACCUCUGAAUUCUUGCGUUUUUGUUGGAAAAUGGUGAGAAAUGUUGCUUCCUAGAUGCUCUUGUAGCUGGGCGUUAGCGUUUUCACUCUGCUUUUUAAAUAUGACUUUUUGCCUGAUCAUUCUGCAUACAGGAUGCGUGUGACUUCCCCAUCUUGUUUGCAUCAAGUGUGGUUGGAUGUCCAGCUCCCCCCUGAAAUUAAUUGAAAUUAGCUGCCUGAAUUAGAGACUUUUGAAAAUGCAGCGAAAUCUCUGGUGGCUAUUAGAAUAUCCUUACUAAUUCUCAAAUAAGCAGAUUUACUCUCACUCCUGUGUAUUGGCAGGUUUCCUGGUUUCUCUUUAACUUCCACUUAGCUUCUGGAGAUUUAAUGAACCUGUGCACCAGCGUUUGCUCUUUCUUUAAAGACUGAUGGCCUUGUAGAAAUGUCCAUCACUGCAUUCUGCCUCCAUAAGGCCAACAAAUAGUCUUUGAAGUUCAGAAUAGUUCAACCUUUGCGCUCCUGCAUACAGUUACAAAAAUAGCAGAUGGGUUGUGACCUAUAAUUGUUUUUUUUUUAAUGUUGCUUAACACGUGCUUUUCAGAUUUAUGGUCAAGCUUCUAUAUGUUUUUAAUAGUUGUUUUUACUGCGCUGACUGACACAUGACUCAAGCCACUGAAUCUGAUGGAGAUAACGAUGUUCAACAACACUUUGAUUUUAACACGGCAUCUUCUUAAAAUAAAGAGAGAGCCUGAGGCUUGGCAUCAUCUCGCAGAAGAAGUUCUGUCCCAAUGGCCGUGGAUGUGGGAAAAUCACCUUCUGAAGCUUCACUGAGUGGGAAGGCGGAGGGCGAUAGUAGGUGGGACUGCGCAGAGGUGGAGACGGACUACCCAGAGCUAGCGGACAGCUUGCACCAGCUUUUAGGGGCAGAGGAAGCCAAGCCCUGCCCACAAGGGACAGAGAGCGUGGCAAUGAGUGGACGCAGUCACUUGGCCACUGGUGUUACCCAGGGAGGCUCCAGCUACCAUCGAGAAGUGUCUUCAGCAUCUGCAUCCAGAUUUCCCAGAGCAAGAGCAAGCCUCUUGGAGACAGAGACGCUAAUUUAUACAGCGGAUGAUGAUGGUGAUGCGCAUCAUCAUGUUAGCCACCGGUUCCUCUCCUCCGGAGAGCAGCAGGUGAAGGCAUCAAACUGUUGGGAGCCAGCAUCUAGCCCUCCCAGCCAGCACAGCUCUGCAGAGGAGAGCAUCCACGCUGGCGGCUGCCACGGUGCCCGUGCCGGCCGGCGGAGCCGAAAGCUGGGAGGUCAAUCCCCGUUUUCCUCCACCCCAGAGCUUCUGCGGCCCCAAACCCCUCUCAGCUCCGAGAGCGCCCUGCGGAGCCGCUCUGCCUUGAGCUUCUCCAGUCUGUCUUCAGAAGAAAAUGGCCUUUCGGAAGAGCCGUCCCGAAGCUUGCGAGCCAGCAUGGAUGUGCCUUCUCCUGUGGCCACUGCCGCUCAGGACCCGUGCUGUCGGUGGGGUGCGGCAGAAGGCAGGGCGCUGCAGGCGCACAAGCCCAUCAGUCCUCUGCUUGAUGACCUCUCCAUCAUGGAGCGCAUCAGAGGGAUGUCAUCCUACCAAGCCGAUUACUGGGUGUGUGCCAUACCAGAUUCGUUACCCCCCUCUCCAGACCGUCACUCACCCCACUGGAACCCCAAUAAAGAGUACGAGGACUUGCUGGAUUAUGCUUAUCCGCUGAAGCCAAGAUACAAGCUGGGAAAGAUGCCGGAGCCUUUCCUCAAUGACUCAGGAAUAGGUUUGGACAGCUUUUCUGUUUCCCCCGAGGGCACGUCGAGGUCCACCAGCAUCUACAGGCGAGGUGGGCAGGCUCGGGGAAGCGGAGAAAAUGGACGUCGGAAGUUUGUGGCCUCUACAGUGAGGUCUUCCACUCCAGGGCCUGGAAAAAGAGACUGCUCAGGAGCUGGCUCGUCCUAUGAACCUAUUGCAAAAGCAUCCUUCACAAAGAGUGCUUCCUCUCAUCCUUCUAGAGGUUUUGCUAAGGAUGUACCGACGGAGUCAGUGGGGCUGGGUUCAUCUGGCCGCCCUGCUGCGGAUGGGAGAAGCUGGUGUACCAGAGGGAGCCCCUUCCCAAACUACAACGGGCAGGCGAAAAGCACUAAUAGGUUUUUACCUACAACGCGAGUGCUCCCUCUGAGGAAAGAGUGGGAGGAUGAUGAAGAAUUUCUCUCCCUGCCUCCGAGACUGCGGGAGCUGGAAAGGCUGGCUCACUUCUUAUCCGAUCUUUCCUUAACUAUAAGGACGCCCAGGCACGACCACCGUAACCUUCCACGUCACAGCGACGGCAGGCGGCCCCUUUCCUCUGUGGUGGCUCCUUUCGGAGAAGCGGGUGGCAGGGACAAAAGAGGGAAUAUUGAGGAUUACGCUGGGCUGUGGCACCCCUGCAGCUCUCGAAAGCCCGGCUGGGAAAACACUGGAUCACGUGGCCAGAUCCAUAGGGAUCCUCUGCGGGGGCUUCAUCUACCGACCAGUCUCAGGGACACAUUGGAUGGGACGUACCUAAAUGAACCACGGGUCAAGGGGCAUCCAAAGAAGAGCCAGCAGAGCGAGUCCCUUGUCCAGUGCAUUAAGAUGUUUUGCUGCCAGCUGCAAGAGCUAAUCCGUUGGCUAUACAACGUCGCGGACAUCACCGACAGCUGGGUACCACCCUCACCGGAUGCCGAGAGCCUGAAGGCAUCGCUGCACCGCUGCUUGGAGUUCAGGAAAGACGUGGCCGACCACCGGAGCCUGACGGAGAGUGUGCUGGAGAGGGGAGAAGCUCUCCUCGACUGCAUGGCGUCGAAUUCGCCAGCUCUGAAAGACACGCUGGGUUUGAUUGCCAAACAGUCAGAAGAGCUAGAAACCCACGCGGAGCACUUGUACGAGUCUGUUCUAGCUGCCGUGGGUCCCAUGCGGGGCGAGGACGGAAUGGAGGACGAGGGGGUGCAGCAGAAGGCGGCUCCGUGGGUGCUGCCUCCGUCGGCCCUGGGCUUUGCGAGCCAGUCGCGGGAUGGCUGAGAGCCGCAGCAAGCGCCAAACCGCCUCUCGCGGCGAUGCCAAAGCGGCACGAGCGCUGUGCGCGGAGUCAGCCAGCCCCGCCUGAUGGCAGUUGGGUCGGGUUUAUUUGCCGUGGCUUGAGAAAGGCAAGCUGUACAGCAGUCAUUUGGCUACCCGGAUGGCUCGUUAAUAGUGACGACUACGGCUGGGAGGUUUGUGCGUGAGGAAUGUACAGCUGGCCUUUUUUUUUUUUGGUUUGGUUUGUUUUUUUAAUGUAGCUUUCCUUUUUUUAUUGAAGUGGCCUGU